AUGUGUGUGUUUUUGUGUAUUUGUGAGUGUGUGUGUGUGUGUGCGCGUUAUUGUGUGUGUUUCUGUGGGUGUGUGUGGGUGUGGUCUGAACAGGGCGAGGCUCUCGACUUAAAUUCUCUCCGGUUUCCAACAGUCUUCACUCUGCAGCUCUCAGGUGACCUCAGGUUGCAGAGAGGCAGGAUGGAUCUCAGCCAUGCUCUCGACUGGCCUGCCGGUGGCAACAACCAAUCAAAUCAAGGAGGUCCAUGGCCAGGUCAACCCAACAACCUCAACCCUGUCUGGUCGGGAGCUGGAGGUAACCCCAACCCUGUCUGGUCUGGGGGGAACCAACCCCAGCCCGCCUGGCCAGGAGGGAACCCAUCCCAGCCCGCCUGGUCUCCCUCCGGUCCUCAACCAUGUGCACCUGGAGGGUUUCCCGGACCUGGACCAGGACCUGGACCUGUACCUGUACCUUCCAUGAGGGCUAUGGUUGUUCCCUAUAAUCAGGAUCUGCCCAGUGGAGUUUAUGACAAACUGCUCAUCACCAUCCAAGGCACCGUCAAACCCAACGCUGACAAGUUCAUGGUGGACCUGUAUACAUCCUCCGGAGACCUGGCCUUCCACUUCAACCCACGCUUCAACGAGGGUGGUAAGCAGGUGAUCGUUAGGAAUAGCUGCAUUGGCAAGAAGUGGGGCAAAGAGGAGAGAGAGCUGCGAUGCUUUCCCUUUGUUAAGGGUCAGCCUUUUGAGAUAAAGAUCAUGUGCACCAACACAGCGUUUAAGGUGGCAGUCAACAACUCUCACCUGCUGGACUAUAACCACCGGAUCCCGAACCUGAGAAGCAUCACAAGAUUCUGCAUCAUCAACGACAUCAGUCUGUCCAAUGUCUUGAUGGAGACCAUGUCCUGAGACAGAUCCCUAAUCCAGCAGAGACCUACUGUAGAUCCACCAGAGGUCUACUGCAGAUCCACCAAAGAUCCACUGGGGAUCCACCAGAGAUCCACUGGGGAUCCACCAGAGAUCCACUGGGUUUCCACCAGAGAUCUACUGGGGAUCCACCGUGGAUCUACUGGGGAUCCACCAGAGUUCCACUGGGGAUCCAAGAGUGAUCUACUGGGAAUCAAAAUAGGAGAUCUGCUAUUAUCCGAUAAAGAUCCAAAAGACAUCAUUAGUGGAUCUGAAGUAGAUUCUCUCUGGACCCACAUGAUUUUCUCUCCCAGCAGGAUCAUCAUCGUGUCUCAGAAAGAUUCAGAGAACAGUUCUGGUGGAUCCACAGUAGAUUCUCAGGAGGUCUACAGGAACUUUAACAUAUAUCAUAAGAAACUUAUUGUUACGCAAUUGCCUGUGAUCAGCAGUAGAUCCAGAGCAGAUCCUCUCAUACUAGUUUUCUUCUACAUGUUUGUACUCUGGUGAGAAGUAAAAAUAAAGGGUUAAUCUUGAAUCUGCUGAAA